GAGGCCGGGGGGCGGGCCGAGGCGGCCGGCGGGCAGGAGAGCGCCAUGGCGGCCGUGGCCCAGUGCGUGCGGGGUGCGCUGCGCCCGCGCCUCCCGCUGCUGAGCGUCGCGCUGAGAACAUCUCCACGACUGCUUUGUGCAGCAACACAGCAGAAGAAUACUGGCCAGAACUUGGAAGAGGACCAGAGUCAGAGCCAAAAUGAGCAGAAAGUUGAACCCACCUCUGCUGAAAAACUGCUAGCUGAAGAAAAGGCCAAACUGGAAGAACAACUAAAAGAAGUUACUGACAAGUACAGGCGUGCCUUGGCUGAUGCCGAAAACGUGAGGCAAAGAAGCCAGAAACUGGUAGAAGAGGCAAAGUUAUACGGGAUCCAGAGCUUCUGUAAGGACUUACUAGAAGUUGCAGACAUUUUGGAGAAAGCAACAGAAAGCGUUCCAAAAGAAGAAAUUAAAGAUGAMAAUCCUCACUUGAAGAGCUUAUAUGAAGGUCUUGUGAUGACAGAAGUACAGAUUCAGAAAGUGUUUAAAAAGCAUGGCCUGAUCAGACUGAAUCCUAUCGGAGCCAAGUUCGAUCCCUACGAACACGAAGCGCUGUUCCACACUCCCGUGGAAGGGCAGGAGCCUGGCACUAUUGCAUUGGUAUCCAAGAUUGGCUAUAAGCUGCACGGGCGCACGCUGCGGCCUGCCCUGGUGGGUGUUGUGAAAGACGCUUAGCUGCUCAAGCUGAGAGUUUCAAAUGCCAUACAACUAUUAAACAGCUGGAUGGUUUUUCUCUUACACUAUGCUUUCCUCGUUCCUGUGCACCCUGAGAGGUUUAAAUGAGUUGGUUGAGGUCUCCUAGUGAAUAUGAAGUAAYGGAUGAAAUUCUGCUUAGUGGCCUUCAGCAUCACUGUUCCAUAAGCUCUUCUUUGGUGUGAAUUACAAGAGCCAUUAAGCCCUCUAAUGUUUUAGAUUAGAUAAUGUUUUUUACAACUUUUGCUCCUGAGAAGGUGCAUUAAAUUGGAAAGAAUGAAAUGCUCACAAGAAUUKUGCAAUUUCAAGUUUAUCACUGUGUGUAUAGAUUGAAAAUCCAGAUARUGGUUUAAACACUUCCUUUGCUUUUGUAGAAUCUCAUAUUGCAGAAGGGGGUGAAGUAGUUCGAAAACCUGAUUUCUGCAAGCACCCAUCAGCUUUUACACACUGAUGUGAUAAAUGCCCUUUUUUGUCCAUUCAGAAAUAAUCUCAGCAACUGAAACCCGUGUGAAUUCUGAACUGUAAAUAAAUGGCAAUGGAGAUUA